AAUGAUGAUUUUCUUAAUUAUCCUGUUGAAUAUCGAAAUUAUCACUGCAGUCAAUCAUAAUGAAAUUCCAUCGACUUGUUCUCUAUCGGAUUCUUGCGAAGAUUCAAGAGCUCGUCUGUUGAAUGACAUUCGAGAAAGACGAUGUUUAUGUGAUAAAGAAUGUGUGACUUACGGCGAUUGCUGCAAAGAUUCAGAUUAUGGUCCUCUUAACCAAAAUUCCAGUUUUCACUGUCACGUAUUUACUCAAUUCGGAGGAGUUUAUCUAAAGGAUACUUGCAGAGAAGAAUGGACGGAUACAGAUGUUCGAGAAAAGUGUGAAGAACAAUUACCUAUGGAAGAUCCUUUAUUGCAACUUCCAUUAACCAAUCGCGAUACGGGUAUCACGUACAAAAAUUAUUAUUGCGCUCUUUGCAAUAACGCAUUGGAUAAUUUAGAAAUAUGGUCAUUGCAACUCGAUUGCAUGAGCCUAAAAAAUUAUAAUAGUACUUAUGGAAAUAUAACUUCAAAUUAUCUACUUGAGAAUUUAAAAUUCGACGAAUAUGACAUGAAAUGGGGCAUAGAUAUAAUGGCCGAAAAUGGAAAAUUUUAUUUUUAUGGAUGCGAUAUUAAUCCCAUUAUGCCGGCAUUAUUAGAAAAUAAAAUUAGAUUAUGUAUAGAAGUGAAAUCUGAAUGCGAUUUCCAAUGGGAUAAUGAAGAAAUUAGAGAUUUAUGCCAUUCUUACAUGUCUGCAAUUUAUCAUUUAGACGAAGGAUUUAAAAAUGUGCACUGUGCAAUGUGUAAUUUUAUCGAUCGGAAAGAAUUGACAUGUCAGCCAGUAGAAGGACGUGAAAAUAUUUUCAGGACUUUCUCUGCUAACUCGUUUUCUGUACUUUUUGACAUAAAAAAUGUAGCUGAUAAUGUUGGUCAAAUAUGUGACCAGAAUGAGAUAUACGACGUGUUCUUCAAACGAUGUCGAACACUUAUCUGUGAAAAAAGCCUCGUACGUCACGAUGGUAAAUGUGUAGAAAAACUUAUCCUUUAUCGAAACAAAAGUGAAAACAUUUACUAUAAUAAAUCUAUUAUUGAUUUUAAUUACGACAAUGAAUCGCUUUCUGACACGAAAGUUGAUUGUGUCAAAGUUGAAUUGUCAUCGGAGAAUUACAUCGUUCUGGAUAACAAAACAGUUUUCGUUCCGGCUUAUAAUCAAUAUUUUGAAUAUCCUUCAUACGUUAUACAAGAAGACAAAUUACUCCUGUGCGCUAAGUUAUUAACCAUUAAAAAAUCUAAGUUUACAGAAGAAAUGGGAUACAUUACUAUGGCUGGCUUGGGCAUAUCGAUAUUUUCUUUAAUGUUGCAUAUAAUUGCUUUUUGUAUAGUGCCAGAUAUAAGGAAUUUUUCUGGGAAGAAUCUAAUGUGUCUCGUUACUUCCCUUCUUCUGGCGUACUUAUUUUUUAUUAUAGGACAGUUCACUUUUGAACAGAAAUUUGCCUGUAAAGCUAUCGGUAUUACUACUUAUUUCUUUUUCUUGGUUUCUUUUUUUUGGAUGAAUAUUUUGGCAUUCGACGUGUGGAGAACACUAAGAAUGGCCACUGCGGAAUUGAGAGUUUCGAGCGGUAAUCAAUGGAAGAGAUUUUUGUUAUAUUCUUCUUAUUGUUGGUUGAUUGCAAUUGCUAUAGUAAUAUCAUCUGUACUGAUAGAUAACACUGAAACAAUUCCAGAAGAAUUCAGACCUCACUUCGGCAGUUAUUAUUGCUGGUUUGGGAAAAGUACAGCCUUAUUAAUUUUCUUCGCUGGACCGGUUGCGUACGUAAUGAUAACCAAUAUGAUUCUCUUCACUUUAAGUUCUCGAAUGAUUCUGAGAACUACAGUAUCUUCUACUAAUAAAUGCAACAGUACAAAGAGAAAUUAUAAGCUUUAUCUCCGUUUAGCUUUGAUAAUGGGACUUACAUGGAUUUCUGGACUAAUUGCCGGUUAUUUGGAUCAUGAAAUUAUGUGGUAUGCCUUUAUAUUAUUGAAUACUCUUCAAGGAAUGUUUAUAUUUGUGGCUUUUACGUGUAACAAAAAGGUAUGGAAUGGGAUUAAACUUAAGUGGAAUACAUUCAAACCACUUACCGCAUCCAGAACUUCCAGCUCGAAUUCGAGUGGUUUUAAUUUUCAUAUCCAAACUAGGACCCUUUCCACCAGAUUAUCCAAACAAUCCUCUAGAAGUAAUUCUAAAGAGUUUACUGCUUAAACAUUUUAUUUUAAAAUAUAAUCAUUUUUUUAUAACGAAAUAUCGUAGUACAAUAUAUAUAUAGUACAGAUGUUAAUAACAUUUUACUCAGGUUAUUUUUAACAAUGAUGCGCUUUAUCAAAUGUGGUGCCAGUGAUUCAAAAUAUAUUGUAUAUAAAUUAUGUAUAUAUUUACAGUCGACCCCCCUAUAACACUGUUGAUUUUUCCGUUUUAUAUGAAUUCCGUGUUGUA